GGGGUGCGGAUCUUGAGCUCCGCGGACAGACUUCAUUGGCUUGCGGCGCCGCCACUCGGAGAAACGUGCCUCAACCCGGAAGUGUGAGAGCCGAAAUCUGCCUAGCAACCGGGGAAGCCGGGCUGUGAAGCGGGCAAUUUCAGAGUGAGAAGGAGCGGCGAGACCGAGCUGCGGCUCGGAGCCCGCCGCAGCAGCUCCUCCCGCCCGGGGUCAGCGCCCCGGAGCGCGCACGCGCACCCUCGCUGCCCAAGCGCGCCCCACGCCGCCCGCGCAGUCGGUCCGUCGGUCGUCUGUCGUCCUGUCGCUGCCGCCGCCGCCUCAGGCUCUACCUGAGGGAGCCGUCGCCUUGGGACGCGACCAGACCCGACUCCAGUACCCAGCCGGACGCCCGCCAGGGGCCCAGCUGCCGGCCGCGCGGAGCCCAGCAACUUCAGGUUGGCCAGCAAGUCCAGCCAGCACGUCCACACAAGUUGCCUUUUGACAGAGCUGUGGCCAUGGCCACCUGGUAGGUCCAGUGUCCUGGACCCUGAGGCCAGAAUGAGUGAAGAAGUAUGCCGAACCCGCAAUCAGAAACGAGUCCUUGAACCUGACCCAACAGAACAUGAUGUGGAGAGCAAGAAAAUGAAGAUGGAGAGAGGACCAUUAGAGCUGACCAUGGAUGGAGACACCAGGGUGACGCCGGAGCCUGGUGCAGGCCCAGCCCAGGGAUUGCUUAGGACAGCAGAGGCCUCAGUCACAGGAUCAGGCGAAGGGCUGGUGGGAGAUGGGCCUGUGGACAUGCGCACCUCACACAGCGAUAUGAAGUCUGAGAGAAGACCCCCCUCACCUGACGUGAUCGUGCUGUCUGACAGUGAGCAGCCAUCAAGCCCAAGAGUGAAUGGGCUGAAUACAGCGACCAUGAAGGACACCAGCACUGAGGCGCUCCUGAAAAGCAGCCCGGAAGAGCGGGAGAGGAUGAUCAAGCAGCUGAAGGAGGAGCUGAGGCUGGAGGAAGCAAAGCUCGUCCUGUUGAAGAAGCUUCGGCAGAGUCAAAUCCAAAAGGAAACCACAGCACAGAAGCCCACAGCUGCCUCAGGGAGCACUGUAACCACUCCUCCCCCGCUUGUGCGGGGUACCCAGAACAUUCCUGCUGGCAAGACAUCACUUCAGACCUCCUCCGCCCGAAUGCCCGGCAGCAUCAUCCCACCACCCCUGGUUCGAGGUGGGCAGCAGGUGUCCACUAAGUUGGGGCCACAGGCCAACUCCCAGGUGGUCAUGCCACCGCUUGUCAGGGGGGCCCAGAUCCACAACAUCAGACAGCAUUCCUCCACGGGGCCACCACCCCUCCUCCUGGCUCCCCGAGCCUCAGUGCCCAGCAUGCAGAUUCAGGGACAGAGGAUCAUUCAGCAGGGACUCAUCCGUGUAGCCAAUGUCCCCAACACUAGUCUGCUGGUCAACAUCCCACAGCCCACUGCAGCUUCGCUGAAGGGAACAACUGGUGCCUCCACUCAGGCCAACUCCACCCCCACCAGUGUGGCCUCUGUGGUUGCGUCUGCUGAGUCCCCAGCCAGCAGGCAGGCAGCUGCCAAGUUGGCACUGCGUAAGCAGCUAGAGAAGACAUUGCUGGAGAUACCCCCACCCAAGCCCCCCGCCCCAGAGAUGAACUUCCUGCCCAGCGCUGCCAACAAUGAGUUCAUCUACCUGGUUGGACUGGAGGAGGUGGUACAGAACCUGUUAGAGACGCAAGCGGGCAGAAUGUCUGCUGCCACAGCCGCUGCCGUGCUGUCCCGGGAGCCCUAUAUGUGUGUGCAGUGCAAGACGGACUUCACGUGUCGUUGGCGCGAAGAAAAGGGCGGGGCCAUCAUGUGUGAGAAUUGCAUGACCUCCAACCAGAAGAAGGCGCUCAAGGUGGAGCACACGAGCCGCCUGAAGGCCGCAUUUGUGAAAGCACUGCAGCAGGAGCAGGAGAUGGAGCAGAGGCUGCUGCAGCAAGGGGUGGGCACAGGCAGCAUCAAGGCCGAGCCCACUGCCACACACCCUGUGCUGAAGCAGGUCAUAAAGCCCCGACGUAAGUUGGCGUUCCGCUCAGGAGAGGCCCGCGACUGGAGUAACGGGGCCGUGCUACAGGCCUCAAGCCAACUGUCCCGGGGCUCGGCCACAACGCCCCGUGGUGUUCUACACACGUUCAGCCAGUCACCCAAACUGCAAAACGCAGCCACAACUCUGGUCAGCCGGACUGGCAGACAUUCCGAGAGAGCCGUGGGCACCAGCAAGGGCACCACCACCAACUGGAAGAAGACACCCUUGAGUGCAGGUGGGACCCUUGCAUUCGUCGGCCCAACCUUGGCAGUGCACAAGACCUCGUCAGCUGUGGACCGCCAACGAGAAUACCUCCUUGACAUGAUCCCGCCACGCUCCAUCCCCCAGUCUGCCACGUGGAAAUAGUGCUAGCCUGACCCAGCGGAGGAGGACAGGCCCUCCGCCCUCCCACGGCCCCUGGUCUGGGACACACUGACGCCCUAUUAGCCUGCUGCCUGAAAGACCUCGGGCCUUGGCUGCUGCCUUGCCAUGGCCAGGAGAGGGCACUGCCCCAGCGACAAGAAUCCAGGGACCUUCCCCCGUGGACCUUCUCCUUCCUCUUUGCCUUUAGUUUGCCUGACACCAGCAGAAACGUGGACCUUAGGGCCAGCUCUGCCCUGGCCUGUGUGGGUGGUGGCUCACCCUAGACACUGUGACAUGCCUGUGCCAGGCUUGCGCCAGCCAGGGGCUCCCAAAGUUAAGCCGGGGUUUCCUUUUCUUUCGGCUUUUCCCAUAUUAGGCCCCAGUCUUUGCCUCUUCAUGGGCAUCUAUAGGUUGAAAGUUUUUCUUUUGUUGUUUUCUUGUUUUUGUUUUUGUUUUGUAAUCACCUCAUGAUGAUGGAAUUAAAAAGAGAACUGUGCAGACCCUGGGUCCCUGUUGUGCGGUGUGGUCCUGGCAGGCCCCAGCCCCAGAGGGCAUUCCGAGUGGCAACACCCAGCAGUGGUCGUUGCCAUCCUUACUCCGGCUGAACCUCUGCUGCUGCUUGCUACGAGACCCUUGGAGUCCACGUGUAUCAGAAUGAUGGCAGCCCAGACCCCCACCAGACACCCAGGGGACUCCAAAGGAACAUGGGGUCACCAUGCUGGAGCUCAAGCUGGCUGCUGGUGGGGAGGCUGCUGGGGUUAUUUUUUGUGAUUUAUUUUAUUAAAUUUUCCUUUCUUUUUGAUGAACACAAUCUCAAGCUGCCUGUGCCUGCCAAGAGGAUGCUUGGCAGGUGGUGCCAGCCAGAGCCCUUAGAGCUGGGAGUCGUCAGGGUUUGCUUCUGACUUCCUUUCUCUCUUCCUUUUUAGUCCACAGCCAUGUCUUUGAAAGGGCAGGUCUACUUUAGUUUUAUUUUGUUUCCUUUUCCCUCACUCUUUGAAAACUGGUUCUGUGGUAAAAGGCAGAAGCCUCACCGAGUCCAGCACGUGGCAUUUGCGGCGAUGGGUCACCAUUCCUGUCCCGCUCUGGCCCAAGCUUCCCUCGAUGUGAUGCAGUUGGGGACUUUAAUUUAAACCCUGUUCUGAGGCCCAUCGCCAUCUGCAGAUAUGCUCUGCCACCUUCUAAUAAAGGCUCAUUUAACCCCGUG